AUGAUUAGCCGUAGCAUUACACACCAAUUGGCUAGGGGCGCCGGUGUCAUGGGCAGAAGAACCAUGGCCAGCGCAUCCAGCGACUUAGUUAGCAUCAAAUUGCCAGAAUCAUCAUUCGAAGGGUACAACUUGGAAAUUCCAGAAUUAAGCUUCGAAACUGAAAAGGACACGUUAUUGCAAAUGUACAAGGACAUGAUCAUUAUCAGAAGAAUGGAAAUGGCUUCGGAUGCUUUGUACAAGGCCAAGAAGAUCAGAGGGUUCUGUCACUUGUCGAUUGGACAAGAAGCGGUUGCUGUUGGUAUUGAGGCUGCCAUCAACAAGAAGGAUUCCGUGAUUACGUCGUACAGAUGUCACGGAUUCACAUACAUGAGAGGGGCAUCUGUCAAGGAAGUUUUGGGAGAAUUGAUGGGUAAGAGAUCAGGUGUUUCUUACGGUAAGGGUGGUUCUAUGCACAUGUAUGCACAAGGAUUCUACGGUGGUAACGGUAUUGUGGGUGCACAAGUUCCAUUGGGAGCCGGUUUAGCUUUUGCUCACAAGUACAGGGGUGAAGGAAACUGCACUUUCAACCUUUACGGUGAUGGUGCCUCCAACCAAGGUCAAGUUUUCGAAUCGUACAACAUGGCCAAGUUAUGGGACUUGCCAUGUGUUUUUGCGUGUGAAAACAACAAGUACGGUAUGGGUACUUCUGCCUCAAGAUCGUCUGCCAUGACCGAAUACUACAAGAGAGGUCAAUACAUUCCUGGUUUAAAGGUCAACGGUAUGGAUAUUUUGGCUUGUUACCAAGCCUCCAAGUUCGCUAAGGACUGGUGUACUUCGGGUAACGGUCCAUUGGUCUUGGAAUACGAAACCUAUAGAUAUGGUGGUCACUCCAUGUCUGACCCUGGUACCACUUACAGAACUAGAGAAGAAGUUCAACACAUGAGAUCUAGAAACGAUCCAAUUGCUGGAUUAAAGGCCACCUUAUUAGAAUUAGACAUCGCUACUGAAGAAGAAAUUAAGUCUUACGACAAGGCUGCUAGAAAAUACGUCGACGAACAAGUUGCUGAAGCUGAAGCCGAUGCUCCACCUGAAGCUAAGAUGGAUAUCUUAUUCGAAGACGUCUACGUUCCUGGCUCUGAAAUCAAGGAAUUAAGAGGUAGAAUAUCCGAUGACACCUGGAACUUUGAAAAGGGUACUUUCUCCAACAGGGUUUACUAA